CCACAGUGUGUGCAGCACCCAUCCCUGGCAGCCGGCGCCUUGUCGCAACCGAAGCAAACUUGCCGCGUUUUAUUGCCAUUCUGUUCGAGAUCUGCGAAACUAAGUGAAAUGGAUGGUGUAACCGAGGACAUGUGGACGCCGUACAAGCAUAUGUACGGCGUUUUCCAGGCGACGGUGUCCAAUCCCAGUGGCGUCACCACGGACCUGGAGCUGUGCCUCAAGAAGUACAAGCACAGCUUCACCAACUUCCUGCGCAAUCCGGCCAAGAGCGAGAAGAGCCGCGGCCACCUGAGGAAUGCCCUAAACGAGGGCAUCCCGCUGCCGGGGCAGUCGCGGAAGAUAAAGCUCUCACAGGACCUGGUCGACGAGGCCCUCAUCCUCUCAGACAUGUUCGACCUGGACGAGGUGUUCGCCGUGGAGCUGCUCUGCACCGCCCAGCGACAGCAGGUGCACCAUCCAGGUCUGCCCAGGGGCCUGGUGGCGGUGCUCCUCUACUACGACGGCCGGAAGGCCAUCAGCUGCGCCCUGCGCGACAUGUUCCAGACAGUCAGCGGCGUCUCCUGGAGCACUGAGCUGCCCAGGGAGGUCACCUGCCUGGUUACCAACUAUGCUCAGAGUUUAGUGGAGGACUCCAACAUACUGGGACGCCUGCUAGAGCUGCUCGAAGAGAUGGAUGUGGACAAGGAGUCCAUACUGCUGACCAAAAACCGCGCCUUCGGCUCCAAGAAGCACCAGAACCAGGUGCUCGGCCUGUACGAGGACAUCCAGCGGGCAGUGGCCAUGGCCCUGUUCCACUGGUCAGCCCAGCGCGGCCUGCCGCGACCCAUAGCCAUCCGGCUGCUGCAGCAACUGGCCACCCGGAAGACCAACGAACCGGACGGCAACAUCGACGACGUGACCCUGAUCAUGCUGAUGGCUCUGCUGUACGCGUACGACACCUCCGUGCUGCUGGUCAGUGAGUACAUCAAUCCGCACACCGCCCGCCUGCCGAUCCUCAGCGAUCCGGAGUUCGCCAAGGGCUUCCUGGAGGCUCUGUACGCGCAGAGCAGCUGGCAAACCCCGCGCCUGGAUGCCAUCAUCACGUACAGCUUUGGACUCACACUGGCCAGCUUGCGACAUGCCCCAGGUCAACUGCAGGCCGCCGCCCUGUCGGCCAUCAAUCGCGAUGAGAACCUCAUCGACGAGGCUCUAGGAGCCCAGGUCUUUGGUUUCUUCUACCGCCUGCUGCUCGAGAAGGAUCUUGUCUACAGCACCGAGUUCAUCUACCGCCGCGUGCACCUGCUCAUCACGGACUUCAUCGACUUCAUGCACGCCAAGGUGUCGGAGCUGCGCGGCCGGGCGGACGAGUCGGCGCGCACGGUGAUCAGCUUCCUGAACGAAGGCCUCGAGCCGCCGCCCAACCUGGACUCCAACUUCGAGCUGCUGAUGCUGUGCGUGGCCAAGCUGUACGGCGAUCCGCGGGUGAGCAUCAAGCUCUGCAACGAGUACUGGGGCCCGAGCGAUCCCACGGGCUCCACCUUCGGAGUCAUACUGCCCACAGCCUUCAAGAACACCUCGCGCUCAGUGUCCCUGUUCAAGUUCAUCAGCCUGGCCAGCGAGCUGCUGCCGCAGACCCUGUUCAAGGCCUACCUCAAGAUGAUAUCCGGCCUCACGCGCACCGAGUUCGCCGCGCGCUGCGCCUUCAACAUGCUCAAGCUGCCCCAGGUGACCACGGGCACCUAUGCCGUCAGCUGGGAUCACUUCUUCACCACGCUGGCCAACUACUACAAUUUAAUGCGCAACGACUUCAACACCAGCAUCACCACCGGCGGCGAGACCAUCUACCGCAGUCGCUCCGCCCCCAGGAUAAUCACCCAGAGGGAGGCGGAGCACCUGGUGGCCGUCAUGGGCAUUAUUCAGGCCGUGGCCGAGCACGACGAGAUCUCGCGCAUCAUGAUCUGCGAGCAGGCCAACUGGCAGCCGCCCCAGGUGCUGCUGGGCCUGGUGGCCUGCUCCACGCCGCUGCUGCUCAAGGCGGAGAUCCUCUUCACGCUGGCCGCCCUGGCGAAGUCCAAGGAGACGGCGCGCGCCAUCUGGUUCCACCUGGAGGACUCGCAGAUAAUACCCACGGUCCCGGUGUCCAGCAACUACGGCCAGUGCAGCCUCACGGAGGAAAUCGACCAGAACGAGAGUCGCCUGGAGCAGUACAAGCUGACCCGCGGCAUUCUGCAGCUGCUCUACACCCUGAUGACCGGGCACAUGCCCAAGAGUCUGGGCGUGGGACCGCGCAAACCCGGCUACGAUGCCUACCUCAACUUUGUGCUUGAGUCUGUGCUGCUCAAGUUCUACAAUCGGGCGUACAAGGAUCCCGCGGAGAAGUGGCAGGUGGGCGCCCAGUGCCUGAAACUGCUGUACUAUCUGCUGGCCACCUACCGGCCGCGGGCCUCCGACUUCCAGGAGGGGCGCGACGAGCAUCCCUAUCCCGGCUACCAUGUCAUGAUGCAGCUGCAGGUCAAGUCCGAUAUGCUGCAACUGCUGCUGCGCAUCGUGGAGGAGGCGCGUGAGCGGCUGGACGACUACAACCGCUUCCACGGCAAGGAGCUGCUCGAGGAGUGCUCCCUGUACGCCUUGCUGCUGCUCGAGGCCGCGCUGGCCAAGCAGAACGCUUUCUUCGAGACCCACUCGGCGGCCAACUGCCCCAUCAUGCUGUCCGGCCUGAAUCGCAUGCUCCUGGACCUGAAUCCGCGCAGCCGCAAGCCCGACCACGUGCUGAACAUCGUCAAGUUCGUGACCUACAACAGCUGGCUGCCGCGCCACUCGCUGGCCGCCGUCAAGAUCCUGAGCUCGGUCACCCAGCUGCCGAACGUCUCCGCCCAGAUCCUCAGCAUGUACGCCCAGGGCAGCAACGAGAAGCUCGAGAUCCGGCAGGGAUUCGUCGAGUGCCUGGAGAUGGAUGUGAGCGUGGCCAGGCCGAGUGACGAGCUGCUCGACCAACUGGCCCUUAACGAUCAUGUGCCGUUCCUGGGCUUCGGCGACGAUGGCGACAGGGACCGGGAGCGGACUAGGGAUCGGGAGGAUCCCACGGCGGAUUCGCGAAUCGAGCUGCAAUUGGAGGAGGCCGCACUGGAGCGCAAGCCGGCGCGCAUCGAGCUGCAGCUGAAGGAGGCCAUAGUGCAGCUAUUCGAGAUGAAUCUCAGCCAGCAGCUGCCCAACUUUGUGUACUUCCUGCUCGGCGUGGACGUGCUGCGCGACUUCAUGGCCAACGAGAAGCAGCACCUGGGCAUCGAGAUGCACUGCUCCUGCGUGAACUCCCUGGUGCUGCUGUUGGAAAAGUACCUGGAGCAACAACGCCACAGCGAGGAGUACUGCGAGCACUCGGCCAACAUCGUAGAGCGCAUCUACCACCUGUUCCACGGCCUCUGCGCCAACCGCCGCACCACGGAGACCAUCCUGCGCUACUUCCGCCUGACCUGCAACGACUUCCUGCUGCGGCACCUCAACUCCCUGCCCUUCCGCCAGCACCGCCAGGAUCAUGUGCUGCACGCCAUGAGCCACCUGCUCAACUGCGUGUCCAUCGAUGUCAAGCUGGCGGCCACGCAUGGCCAGACCACGCGCUACAACCUGCUGUGCGACAUCCUGCUGAUGGGUAAUGGCACGGAGGCACAGCGCUCGGCGCAUGGCUUGCCCAUGGAAAUUGGUCACAGCCUGAUGACGCCGUCGGCGCCCUUCUUCGCCAUGGACCUGCUGCCGGGCGGAGGAUCGAUAAAUGGCUCUGGUUCUGGAUCGGGUUCAGGACCUGGCGGAGCCGCGGGAGCUGGAUCCACCGCCCUGAAGCCGGCACUGCUGCAGGAGACGUCGCAGGGACUGCAUGCCAACCGAUUGCUCGACUGCCUUGUGCUGGAGGUCGACACCUUGACCCACCCGCAACUGGAGUUCUUCGACACGCAGCUGACGGCUCAACUCCUGCGGGACUGCGAGUCCUCCGCCGAUGCGGGAAGCCAUUCCUCGGCAAGCUUGAUCAACGUGCGCAAGCUGCACGGCAUCCUGCACGACGAGCUGCGCAUGGUGCAGAGCACCAUAGUCAGCGGGCAGCGGAAGGCCAUCUCCUCAGAGAUUACGCUGCUGCUGAAGCACGCCGUCAGCCUCAACCGGGUGCGCACCCAGCGCUGCGCCACACUGGCCUUCAUGGAGGCGUGGGGCCAGCUGGUGCAGGUGCUCUUCAGCAGCAUGCCCGAGGCCGUGCUGCCGGUGACGCUGCGGCGCCAGCACAUCAUCGACAUCAUCGAGAAGAUCCUGAUCAAGGUACAGCCCAUCCAGCCGAUCAUCGAGAUCUCCAUCCAGGUCAGCGAAACGGUGCUGCUGCUGCUGGCCAAUCUGCGCUACUGCUGCUACCAGGUGGAGGACCAGCGCACCGAGGACCAGGCCAACGACGAGUCCCUGGCCAAUGGCAACGGCAUCGAUGCGCAGGCGGCUAAGCUGAGUCUCGGCCAGAGGAGCGAGGCAGCAAGGGAGGCCGGCGCCAACAGCAGCAAUCUGCGCUUCAUCCUCAAGAGCCUCGUCGAGUGGAUUAUGAUCAGCGAGGGGAAGUCGCAGAAGCUGCGCAUCAACUUGUACAGCGCCCUGCUCAACUGCCUUCGUAUAGCCAAGCGACUGCGCUCCGACGAGCAGCUGGAGUACCAGGAAUCGGUCACCUCGCGCCAGGAGAGCUUAGGGUUGAACAACAUCGAGCUGCGGCGCGACGACCGCCAGCGGCUGAAGGCCAUGGCUGCGGACGUGAUCGGAACCUUUGGCGAGAAGCUGAUCGACACCAUCUGCCACGACGCGGUAACCGGGCACGAUGUGUGCCGCAUGCUGGCGCUGGCCUGCCUGGACAUGAUCUCCGAGCUGCAUGCGGUGAGCACGCUGUGCGACUUUGUGGGCACGCGCGGCUACCUGAAGCACUUGCUGGACAGCCUGGGCAAGUCCAGUGAGUCGCUGUGCGCCAUCCUGCAGCCGGUGCCCGAUCACCUGCGGCCGCUCUACGUCUACGAGUCGCGCAUGGCCUUCCUCACGCGGAUGGCAAACACCAGCGUGGGAGCCCGCCUGCUGCUGGCCGAGCGAGCGCUGGGCGUGCUGUCCAAUAUGCGCGUGUACGACCUACAGCCCGACCUCAAGGGCAGCGAGCUGAAGCGCAACGAGCCGCAGUCCUUCCUUCCGGCCGUCGACGAGCGCUUCCGCGCCAUCCUGCUGCCAGCCCUGGCGCUCUGCGAUGCCAUUGUCAACUCGCUGGGAUCGCACAACAAUUCGGCGGCCCUGCAGGUGCUCAACUUUCUGUUCGCCCACAUCGACAUGGUGGAGGCGAUGCUGCGCACGGCCACGCCCUUCAUGGACCUGGGCCACCUGCAGCAGCUGGCCAUCAUCACCAAUCUGUUUGCGCGCACCACCACGCACGAGGUGGCCACGCUGGAGGACAGCCUGGACGUGGAGAACGACCUGGAGCUGCGCAACCGCCUGGGCCGGCUGCAGCAGCUGAUGAUCGUCGUCUUCGGGCGCUUCUCCGUCAGCGAGCUCACCAUUCGGCGCAUGCUGCAGCAGGACCAGGAGCACGGCGACCAGGCCGAGGGCUCGAAAACGCUGCGCGUCAAAUACUUCCUGGACAUUGCCGCCAACCUGUCGCUCUACUGCCGCAACGCGGUCACCAGCCAUGUCAAGGACAGCAUGACCUCCAAGUACCUGCUGACCACCAUGAUCAACGAUGUGACGCCACUCACUGGCAAGAUGGACAGCAAGAAGCUGACGGCCAUCAUGCACACCAUCCUCAACCAGCUGAAGGGCUCCAUUGGCUACUACCUCUCGCAGAAGUCCAUUGCCGACAAUCUGCUCCAGCAACGCGCCUCCCUGCCCAACAUCAGCUUCGGUCCCAACGGCAAGCAAAGCUAUGUGGACCUGAGCCAGCGGCACAACGAGAAGCGCAGCGAACUGAUGCAGGCCGUCUUCAUCGCCGAGCAGAACCUGUAUCUGCUGUGGAUCCACCUGGACUUCUACCUGCGCAACGCCGUCGUCUACGCCAACGAGAACCGCAACGCUAUCAACGAGAGCCUGCUGGACAGCGGCAACAACGUGUCCGUGCUGAAUGCCUCGCAGGACGAGAUCGUGCAGCUCAAGCAGCUGCUCAUCUCCACCUUCAACGAGACCUUCUGCACGCAGCUCAUCACGGCCAGCGAGGACUACACGGUCAAGUGCAGGGGCUUCAACGCCUCGCUGCUGCGCCGCAUCAAGGCGCUCGUCCAGUUCGCCCCGGUCACUGCCAACGGCGACAGUUCCAUCUUCGUCUCGUAGGCGCCGAGCACGACUCUAGUUUAAUGAUUCAAAUAAAGAAGAGUGUUGAUUUUCCUAA